AAAUUGCAUUCUGGACACUAGAGAUUGUAAAGUGUAAACCCUGCUUCUCCCUCAUCUCAUUGAGAGUAGAAGACAGCAAGGGCUAGUUAGUGAUUUGGUCUUCCCUCUGAACCAGAUGGAGUUGUUAUGCACUGCCAACGCGAUUCUCCCCUCACGCAGCCUCUCUAUUCCCACACCCUAUUCGCUACCCCUCAAAACCUCCCUUCCGUUCCCGCGCUUCAACUUCCCCAAAAUCGAGAGAUUACGAGGGUUGCAGCCCUGUGUGAGUGUGAGUGAAGGCAGUUCCGCUGAGGCUGAGGUGUUGGAGGAGAGCCGAAUUCGUCGAGUUUGCGACAAGCUGAUUGGGGUGUUCAUGGUGGACAAGCCCACCCCAACCCAUUGGAGAAGGUUGUUGGCUUUCAGCAGAGAAUGGAGCAACCUCAGACCGCACUUUUUUGCCCGAUGUCUCGAAAGAGCCGAUGCCGCUGAAGAGGAUCCCGCCAUGAAGGAGAAGCUGCUUCGCCUUGCGAGGAAGCUCAAACAGAUUGAUGAGGAUGUGCAAAGACACAAUGAUCUUCUUGAGGUGGUAAGACGGGAUCCUUCAGGAAUUAGUGAGAUUGUCUCCAAGCGUCGUAAAGAUUUUACAGAAGAAUUCUUUGUUCACUUUCAUACAGUGGCUGAAUCCUACUAUGAGAACAAAGAAGAGCAAAAUGAAUUGGCAAAGCUUGGGAAUGCAUGCUUGGCAGCUGUACAAGCCUAUGAUGCUGCAACUGAAAGCGUUGAAAAGCUGCAAGCUGCAGAGUUGAAAUUUCAAGAUAUUAUCAAUUCUCCUUCGCUUGAUGCUGCCUGCAGGAAGAUAGACAAUUUGGCUGAAAAAAAAGAACUUGAUUCAACAUUGGUAUUGAUGAUCACCAAAGCUUGGUCAGCUUCCAAGGAGUCGAACAUGAUGAAAGAUGAGGUAAAAGAUAUCCUCUAUCAUUUAUACAAGACUGCAGUGGGAAAUCUUCAGAGACUCGUGCCAAAAGAGAUUAGAAUAGUCAAGUAUCUUAUACGAAUUGAGGAUCCUGAGGAGCAACUAUCUGCCCUCAAAGAUGCAUUUACUCCUGGAGAAGAACUUGAAGGAACGGAUGUGGAUAACUUGUACACGACUCCAGAGAAGCUUCACACAUGGAUAAAGAGUGUGUUGGAUGCUUAUCAUUUGAGUGGAGAAGGUACCCUCAUUAGGGAAGCAAGAGAUCUGUUGAAUCCAGAGGUCAUCCAAAAAUUGGAGGUGCUCAAGAAGGUUGUGGAAAAAAACUUUAUGUGAAUAGGAGCUUAAGAAACAUGCUAAGGUGGUUUUCCCACUCUGAGAUGCCAGAAGAAUACUUCAUGAGAUUCUUGAUGUCCAUCAACUACAGGCCCGGAUUUACAGUAUCAUUGCUGCAAGGAAAUAUCUAAAUUCUGGCUAGUGUUUAAGGACGUAGAAUUCUCUUUAGCAAUAGAAGAAGCAUUUUUUGGGGUAAAUAAUAGAAUGAGCAAUUUUUGUUGGUGAGUAGGGAAAUGUGUUCUAUGCACGUAGGAGAUGGAACUAUUACAUGGUAGACCGCUAGAUAAAUACAAGAUUUGAGGAACUGAACCCUCGCAGAGGGUGACAGUUCUACCAAAAGUCUAGGCCCUUGGUUAAGUCACUUGAAGAUACAAUGUAUGCCCGUGUUUAAUUCCUAUACUUGUAUUAACUUUUUGUUUUAGUCUUUGCCAUGAGUCGAGAUUCGUUAA